AUGGACAAGAUCAGAUCUUUAGAUGUUCUUAGUAUCAUCGCAAUAACUUUGUUGUUGGUCACUGCAGAACAAGCAAACGGGACUUCUGUUGAUGCUGACUGUAUUGGACCGUGCACUAACCAGUGCGACAUGUAUUGCAAGUCGAUGGGUUAUACACACGGGGAGUGUGGAUCUUUUAGAGGCAAGUCAGGUUGUUGUUGCAAACCACCAAUACAUCCAAUCUUUGAACACUCUGCUCUAUUGAACAACUAA